AUGGCCGACUGUCCGGUGGAAGAAAAAGGCCCAAAGCAGAGCAUGUGGCAUAAACUGGGCCUGCGGAAAUGGCUGGGUCGCGACGAUCGAGAGUCAGGGGAAGACGCCCCCCGCCGUGCCUCCGCCGACAGCCCACGCGCCAAACAAGAUAAACAGGAGAAACAGGAUAACAUCACUCGUCGGAUCUCACGGAAGGUCGGCGUUGGGCUGCCUCGCACAACAACCUUCAAACGACAGAGUUCCGAGCAACGCGAUCGCCUCGCUCCCCUCGACCCCGAACCACAACACCGCCGGGCCCUUUCCGCCGACCGCGAUCCCCUGACUUCACAGCGCUCAAGGUCUCCCCCAGCCGUGGGCCCCAGACUUUCCGCGCCCGAGGUUCAGUGGAUCGGGCCGCCUACAACCACGGUCGAGUCACUCGAAUCGGAACCCGAACCAAAUGCCCAGGUCCCCGACUGGGACCCCUAUCCUGAUAUGGACGUGGAAUCAGAAUCAGAGGAGGAGAAACUACCGGAGGAAACACUCGAGUUGGAAUUGGAACAACGUUGGAUUUUGAACCUGAGCAUGCACUUCCGGGACCGGUCAGAGCGAGAGAAAUUCUUCGUGACGUACGCGGAGGCCCCAAACCGAUGGCGACGAGUUACGAUUUCAUGCGAUUACCGACACGCGCCACCCGACUCGCUGGAAGGAGACCUGAAGGAGCUGCGAUACCAGCGCGACAAAUGUGCCCGCAUCUACGAGUCCAUUCGUGAAUCCCUCCUCGAGAUCCAAUUCUAUGAUACCGUUACGAAUCUCAAGCUGGAGACGCUUGACGGCCGCUUGCACGUCCAUGUCACGGAGGACGUAAACGAAACCAUCCCAUACCCACCUAUCUCCAGCAUCGGUCACUUGGGGGGCGCUCGAUGCGUCCCUGAACACUUUCUACACUUCGAGUCGCAUCUAUCCGGUUUCGUUUACAAGGUCCAACUCGGUGGGCGGGCCUAUAUCAAGAAGGAAAUUCCAGGGCCUGACACAGUGGAUGAGUUCCUUUAUGAGAUCAAUGCACUGCAUGCGCUCAAUGGUGCUCCUAGUGUCAUCCAGGUGGAGGGAAUUGUCGUUGAUGAACGACGAGACGUGGUCAAAGGCUUGCUGAUCAGCUAUGCUGAACAGGGCGCAUUGGUUGAUAUUCUUUACGAGCAACGCGGCAAAACGAGCUUUGCGAGACGCGAGCGCUGGGCUAGGCAGAUUGUUCAAGGUCUCUGCGAGAUCCAUGAAUCAGGCUACGUGCAGGGCGACUUUACACUUGCGAACAUUGUGGUGGACGCCUACGACAAUGCAAAGAUCAUCGAUAUCAACCGCAGAGGUUGUCCUGUGGGCUGGGAGCCACCCGAGAUUGCCGCCAAAAUCGAGAGCAACCAGCGCAUCUCUAUGUAUAUUGGAGUCAAGACUGAUCUCUAUCAACUGGGAAUGACCCUGUGGGCAUUAGCGAUGGAAGAGGAUGAGCCUGAACGACAACCACGACCACUUUUCCUUGGCGAGGAUGCGAUGGUGCCAGAUUACUACCGGCGGAUAGUCGACAUCUGCUUGAGCCCAACUCCACGACACAGGCUCUCUGCGAAAGAACUUCUCUUCAUGUUUCCCCCUGAUCUCCCGACAGCAAGGGCAUCGCCCGCUGUUCAACCUAUGGAGAUUGUUGCGAAUGACCUCAAGCACAUUCCCAUCAAACAUAACUGGGCUCACCCUCCGGCCUCUGGGAUUGGUUUGGCUCUACCUCGAGGCUUUAUGCGCCAGGCCGACCAAUACUCCCCCCAGAAAGAAUUUGCGGACAAUGCAUACAGUGAUUUGCAACACCCUAUCUUCGCUGAUAACCAUGACCCAGGAAAUCGAUCUACCAUCACGCUUGCAGAAUGCAAUGGAGAUGCUGACUAUCCAUCCAAACCAUCUUCUUCAUCUACCUUGAAUCACGAACCUCACAAUCCUCAUGGUUAUAUGGAUGUCUCUGAUCGUUCCAGUCGUGAUUUUGUGCCCGAUCUAUCUCGUGAGAACCCCGAACAAGAGAUUCUUCCGGUUCCACAGACAACAAUAACACCGACGACCAAUGGGUUCCACGACUAUAAAACGGAAGAGCCGGGUUUGUCAGAUGAGGUCUUAUAUCUUGAUGAUGCUCUUCUGCACAAUCAACAGUCUUACGCCAACCAACAGUUGACUACCUCGACUCGUGAUCAACCUCAAACUGACGAACACACCUCACACACCACCUCUUCAAUCAUUCCAUCUCCUGAUGAACCACCCCAAAAAGAACCUGCAGAUCAAUCAUGUGCGAAGAGCACUGACACCAAGCCAACGUCGCCAGCGCUCUCAUCCGCAAUCCCGCCAUCCUCUCUUAUCCUCUCUGCCCUACCCAUAAACCCCGCUUUUGGCCCUCCUGACACUCCUGGCCCUCGAAACACCUCUCUGGUUGACACUUCACCUGCGUCACCACCAAGGAGUAGCGGCGUGGAUCGACCAUUUGCAGGAGUGGUCGGUAUUAAACCUACUUUCACUACGCCACCACAUCCAACAUCCUCUCUCUUCCUCUCUGCUUUGCCCAUGAAUCCGUCUCUACGCUACCCUGGGAACUACCUUCGCGAACCGAAUACUCCAACACCGGUGAAAUCAUCUCUCCCUGAGCCACCUAGGCGGGAUGAUAAAGAACUAUGUGCGGAAACUGUUGAUCUCCAGCCUUCUGUCACAAUAUCACCCUCCCUAUUCCUCUCAACCUUGCCUUUGAACCCUGCCUUAAAGCACCCCGAAGCUUCUCCUGGCGAUAUGGUCACCCCAUCUCUAGCGAACGUCAGCCUUGAACCAACAAGAGGAGAUGUGGGACCAUCAUCCGAAAACACUGCAGCAGCGGAUGAUACAUCAGUGGAACUACACUCAGAAAACUCACUUUCACUCUCGGCCUUGCCUAUCAAUCCUGCCAUGGGCCCUUCCUGCGCCUCACUAGACAACCUGGCUACUACAUUUUCCUCAUAUCCACCUCUCGCAAAAUCACCAAAGCAGGAUGUGCAACCGGCAUGUGGAAAAGCAACCGAUAUCAACGAUGUGUCAACUGUCUCGGACUCAGCCUCUCUCAGCCUCUCAGCUUUGCCUAUCAACCCACUUAUGCCUCACCUAGGAGCACCAAGCUCUCCCAGCACCACCUCGUUGACAAGCUCACAUUCCAUUGAGACAUCCGAGCCGAAAGAUGUUCCUCGGCCACCAACAAAGACGGCCAAUAUCAAACACACAUUGAGAAGAGUACCUGGCUAUGAAUCAUCUCUGUUCGUGUCCGCCUUGCCUAUAAACCCCGCUUUGGCAGACCUCAACACCAGCACCACAUCCGCAAAGAUAGUGGCGGCUCCUCCUGCUCAACUUUCAUCCCCAAGCCAACCAAAUCCUGGCCAGCAGAGCCAAACAUCCCCCCUUUCAGCGAAUCGCAACCCAGGAAUUUCAACCCGCCACCCAACCAGAUGA